CUAGUGUUUUUGAUUUUAUUUUAAUUUUGAUUAUUUUUAAUUGACGGUUAAUGGUGACAGUGAUUUAGUUUAACGUCUUGUGAGUGUCAGUGAAAAGCGGGAAGGUAGUCUUCCCGAUGAUUCUAAAUACUUCUAGUUAAUCAUCAGAUUAACUUGAAAUUAACUUCAGCUUAAUCCGCAAACUAUCAAAAUGACGGAGUGUUCUCCAUACAUUUCUGCUGAACUAGCAGCAACUUGUGAUGCCCUCGGUUACUACGAUGGCCACAAAUAUCAUCUGGAUAAAAACUGCAUGGAGGUCAUAAAAGACCUUAUAAAAUAUUUACGAAGAGAUGAUAGUAAUCACGUUGUUCGUCGAUAUCUGGGACACUCUAAAAUUGUCCAAACGGAUCUCAUUAAAAUUUUCAUCGAUCAUUCGGACAAAAAAGAACUCUGGGAUGUUCUGUUGCGAUUAAUGAUUAACUUGACUAGUCCGGCUUUGAUGUUUUACAACGAAGAGCUCCCGACCGAAAAAGUCACACGAACGCUCUAUCAAGAGAUUGUAUCGCAUUUACAAGGAUAUAAAGUUUCUUUAACAGAUGAAAGAGUUUGGAGCACAAUUAGAGAUCAUCUUGGAAAACUCUUGAGUAUUGACACCGCAGAAAGGGGAGAAGAGAACGAAAUAAUAAUUGAACGAAUCCUCACCUUUGUCAGAAAUGUCUUGCAAGUUCCACCUGCUGAUAAUGAGACAAGAGCCGACAACGAUGCAACGGUUCACGACGAGUUACUCUUUGCUCUCAACUCGUCUGGAACUGUCGAUCUUCUGCUUUUCAUUGCUAGUAACAGAUCCGAGCAACAUUAUCACAUGCAGAUUUUAGAGAUAAUAGCGUUGAUGUUGCGUGAGCAGAAUGCAAGCAAAUUGGCCACUGUUGGGACGCAGCGUAGUACCAUAGAAAAAGAACAAGAUGAAGCGAAAUUGUCAGCUAUUCGAGAAAAGGAACGCAAUCUGAAAAUGGAGAAAAUAAAGAAAUACGCGGGAUCAAGGCACUCAAGAUUCGGUGGCACCUACGUCGUGCAGAACAUGAAGGCAAUCGGAGAAAACCAGUUGAUCUGCCACAAGCCUUAUCAGAAAAUCGAGGCUCUGGAGUUUGGCACGGAAAAGGCGAAGGUGAGGAAACCGAAAAAUAAGAGAGCUAUGGCGGAUACAGGAGGGGAACGCAUUUCCGCUUACAGUGUGAGACUCUUCCUGAAGGAAUUUUGCGUCGAGUUUCUUAAUGGCGCUUACAAUUCUGUGAUGAGAUACGCCAGAUCGUGCAUAAAUAGCACAAAUGCAGGAUCACCCAUGGAUGCGAGUUACUACCUCUGGGCAAUGCGUUUCUUCAUGGAGUUCAAUCGUCAUUACAAGUUUCAUGUGAAAUACGUGAGUGAGACAAUAUCAACAGAGAUAUUUCAUGUCGUGCAGAGACAAAUGGAGCAAUAUUACGAAAUGUUGUCAGUGGAGAAGAAAAAGACCCACUUUUGGUCUCGAAGAUUGCAUCUCGCUUUGAAGGCUUACCAGGAGUUACUCCAUACAAUAUUAGCAAUGGACAAAAGUGAUGACAAAGGUGUUCAGAGCUCCAGCAAUGUCAUCAAGAGUAAUAUAUUCUAUGUCCCGGAAUAUCGGGAAACAAUACUUUCCCAGCUGUUGUGCUUCAACGAACUCAAAAUGUCGAGAGGAUAUUUGGUUGAUCUGACGACGACGGCUCACAUUUUUUUGAAAAUGCUCGAACACUUUUGUGGAAAAAGUCGAACUCUAAUCGUUCAGGCGAAGAAGAAAAGGUCGCAAAAACGAAAGAGCCAGAAAAAGUCAAUGAAGGAAACACCACAGGCUCCGCCAGUUCCUCUCAGUUUGGAAGAUCGAUGGGAUGAUGUGGGGCCAGAAUUGUCAGCCGUUAUGCAGACAAACCAAAUUCCAGUCGUUGUGCCUUUUGAUGCGACUCUGGACACGCCGAUUGAUGAGCAAAAGAGUGAUGCAAUGAAGAAAACUCAGAAGCUCCUUCGUCAUAAGGAAUUCGAAGAAGCCAUUGGCCUUUUUCGUGCUGCCAGGGAAGUUUGGCCUGAGAAUGACUCUUUUGGAAGUGCGAAUAUGCUCGUUGAAGAGGAAUUUCUGGCGCUUCGAGAGAUUUUCUUCGCUGACCUGGGAGUUCCAGAUGAAACCCCGAGUUUAGUCACUCAGGAAGAACAGGAGGAAUCCCUAAGUCACGAUGAUGAGGAGGAGGAGGAUGAAGAGGAGGAAGCAGAAAGGGAGCUACGAACUUGUGUGGAAACUGAUUUUGAAUUCAAAGAUUUUCUUAUCAGGUUCGCCAAUAUGAAAGUGGUUAAGGCGAUGGCACUCCUUCUUCAAGGAUAUGAAAUGAAUUCAAUCGAGGUGAAUCACUACAUCGUCAAAAUGCUGCAUAGAAUCGCCUGGGACUGCAAAAUGCAACCCAUGAUCUAUCAAGCUUCGAUAUUCAGAACAUUUCAAAGAAUACUCGACUCCAAAUCAUCUGAACACAAGGAGCUGCAAAAGUUUGCUAUCUUCAUAAUUCGCAGUUUCGCGGAGGUCGCACAAAAGAAUCGUAAGGCGUACAUGGAAUUGCUGUUCUGGAAGACGACCCACCAUGCCGUCGACAUGGUCGAGGGCUACGACUCACAAGGAGGAGAAAACAAGAAACUUUCUCGUACCGCCUGGUCCGAAGAAGAAGAAGACGAAUUACGCACUUUAUUCAUGGAGCAUCAAACUAACAAAUAUCCUCAAGAUCUAAUCGACUGGCUCUUGGAUAAUCUGAUCAAUAAAGAUAGAACGAGACGUGCAGUGAUAAAAAAGCUGAAAGAGAUGUGCCUCAUCGUCAACUCGAAGGGUGUUAGGAGCGAAAUUCAGAAAAGGCUGCCGAAAGAAUGGUCUGAGGAAGAAGUUGCUCAGUUGACUGAACUCUGGGAACAAGUCAAAGAAGAAGAUGAUCCUGUGGACCUUAUUUAUGACGGAUUGCGGAUUAAGCGCCCCAAAGCAAAGAUCAAAGAGAAGCUUCUGGAACUGGAAUUGGCGAAGGAUCGAAAGGAGCUACGUAAAAAACGCACCAAGAAAAGCAACGCAGGUCCAAAGUCAACUUGGGAAACAGCGUCAAGAAGUGGAACUGCGAGUGACUCUGAUUCUAAUAGAGAUGGAUCCAGGUCUUCUCGAAAUGCCCUGAGAAAAACAGCAAAGCAAAAUAAGAGUAAAAAACAAAAUAAGAAGCAGCCCACUAUUUUGUAUUCGGAUGGUCAAUUAUCAGGAUUGCUGAAGGACGUCAUCGAGAACAACAUGCAGGAGGCGUUGGAGUGGAUCAAGGAAAGUUUGGAAGAAUCUUUGGAAGAUAGAGACGAGGAAAGCGACGAAGGAAUUCCCGUCGUGCCUCUGACCGCGGAUACGUCAGCGGCAAUGGAUUCGCCAAGUUUUCAACGACUUAUUCGCGCAAUGGGAAUCGAACCACCCGACUUGGAGCAAGCUUACUGGAGGAUACCAGCCAGCAUGCUCACUGCUACUAUCAAGAAACGCUGUACUCUCAUUGAAGCCGCACUCCGGGGUGAAUUUGUUGCUGAAGACUCCAAGAAGGCAACCGCGAUCGAUUCGGAUUCCGAAGAUGACGGGGACGUUCUCGAGAAUCUUAAGAAAUACUUUAAAAAGUCUGAAUCACAACGUUCGAUAUCUCCUCCUUUAAAUGCGAGUGAGAAUUUAACAAUACCGGAAAAUGGCGAGAAUAGUGUGUCUAAAGCUAAAAGCAGUCCGAGAGCAAGCAAUAAAGCUAAAGCACCUGUGAAAAAAGGCAAGAAGAAAGUCCAAGGAAAUAUUGGGAUUUCGUCAGAUUCCGAAGCGGAUCUUCCGGUCCUUCCGAAGAAAGCUAAAGGAAAAGGAAAAUCCAAAGCCGCACGAUUAGAGAAGAUUGACAUUUCGCCUGACUCUGAAAUCGAGGAUCAAAGCAUUCCAAGUUCCAUGAAAUCAAAUUCAAACAGAAAUGAAGGCAACACUAGCUCAAACCCAUCAAGAAAAAUCGAUAUCUCUUCUGAUUCUGAAGCCGAGUCCGCGAAAAUUGAACAUGACCGUUCUGACAAAGAAAACUCACAGAAGGGAAAAUCAAAGACGGGACGAAUUCAGAAAAUGGUGGAUUCUUCUGAUUCCGAAACUGAAGUCACAAAUCUUGCAACUCAAAAUUUGGAAGAAUCAAAGCGGGAUCGUUCGCAAAAUUCAGACACGGACACACCACUAACGAAAAAACGUCGAGUUUUCCAAAGCGACGAAGAAGAUGAGCCCGAAAGUGUAAAAACGCAGGAUGCAAAACAAGCUCGAAGAAUUGUAAGCGACGACGAAGAUUAAAUUUUCUCUCGUUCAUUUUGUCCCAGUUAGUUAAAAAUAUUUACCAGUUGGGUUUUUCUUUGUAGAAUUUCUUGCAAAUGUGAGCAAAUAUAUACCGAUGAUUACUCUUUUUCUAAAAAAUGAACCAUUAGAAGAAAAAUUUAAUCAGAACAGAAUUAUCCAUAGUUAAGAUUACACUUUUAAAGUGGAUAAAGUCCAAACUAUCUGUAUCGUUAUAAUCGAUUUCUCGGAUUGUAUUUCCGUGAAUUUUUGUCGGUAAGACGGAUUGUGGAAAGGUUUGAUAUUCGCGAGCUUUGUGCCAUCUACACGAAUAGGGAAAUACUCAGUCUUGAAAAAUCGAUUACAGGAUGUCUUCUUAUCAUAGGAACGUAACCUUACUGUUUACCAUAAACAUUCUUUUUUAUUAUUGACAUUAUUUAUUACUUUGGAAAUUUUUUGAAUGCAUCAUCGUUCAAUAUGUUGGUGACAAAAAAAUCUGUAUCUUGCUUCUGCACGAGGAAGAAUACAUUCAAUAAACAGUCAAUAAGAUUUUAGAAGUCUUA